AGUGAAUGUAUUGACAUCGAUUGAUGUGUUAUGCGUACAUAUGAUGGAAUAUUCUAUGAGAGUUUAAAUUCUUACAGAAUUUCCGUCAAAUUUAAUCAAAUUUCUUAAUAGUUUCUGUAAUUAUAUGCUAAUAUGAAGGUCACCAUUAACCAAUCAGAUUGCACCUUCAAAUCCGCCAUCUUGGGGAAGGGAAAACCUAAAAUGGCGCCUGGGCUGUGGCCGCUUAUGUUAUAUGCGUCCAAAAUAUCUGGACUGGGAACCGAUCAGGUGAACUAUGCUUUUUUUCAAGUAACGGGAUUAUUUUUAGCCAUUGGUUAUCGUCAAAUUCUUCAUCCACACCGAGUCAGCCCUACUGUCAGACAUGUGGUGGCAGCGACAAUCGGCAUUUAUAUGGCCGUGUUUUCAUACUCGUGGUCGUCAUUUCAUCUUUUUGCCCAGUCCACGAUUCCCUAUAUUAUGAUGCGCACGAUGAACCCUCAAGUUAUACACAAGUUUGUUUUCACAUUUUCCAUUGCUUACAUGUCUGCGGUACACAUUAGUCAGCAAUAUCAGAACAUUAACAUAUACCUCAUGGACCACAUUGGUCCCAUGAUGGUAAUGACAGAAAAAGUUACAAGUUUGGCAUUCAGUCUACAUGAUGGUCUUACAAAAGAUGAUAGCAAAUUAAAUUCUCAACAGAGAGAGAUGGCCACAAAGAAAAUGCCCACUAUAAUAGAAUACUAUAGUUACAUAUUUUAUUUCCAAGCACUGGCUGUUGGUCCAGUAUGUUUUUAUAAUGACUAUAUUGAUUUUAUCAAAGGAAAGCACUUAGUUCCGUAUGUUAUUAAAACAAAAGAUGGCAAGGAGGUUGUUGUACACAAAGAGCCUCCAGUUUUGCUAGCUGUUAUUAAGAAGCUGCUAUUCAGUGCACUCAUGGUGGUGAUAUUAUUAACAAUGGUUCCAAGAUACCCUCUCAUGGGGAAUUUCUAUAACAUUGAACUCUUGAAUUCCUCUCUGUUGAAUAAGUUUAUCUACUUAUGGAUUUCGGUUGAAGUCGCAAAGUCAAAAUAUUUUUUUGCGUGGACAUACGCCGAUGCACUCAACAACGCUUCCGGGCUUGGUUUUAACGGUUACGAUAAGAACGGCAAUCCUAAAUGGGAUCUUGUAACAAAUAUUAAUAUUAAAGAUUUCGAGUUGUCAACGAGUUUGAAAGUUUUGAUAGACAACUGGAACACGCAGACGAGGAAGUGGCUGCGAUACGUUUGUUACGACAGAGUACCUUUUCAAAAAACACUUUUUACUUUCAUAUUAUCAUCAAUUUGGCAUGGUUUCCAGCCAGGAUAUUUCUGGACGUUUUUCCAGGGUGCCUAUUUUACAUACGCCGGGAGAAAGGUGCGUUACACCAUUCGUCCAUUUUUUCAAGACUCAAAAGCAAAGAAGAUCCUCUAUGAUAUGUUUACAUGGCUGGGGACACAAAUUUUGUUAUCAUACUUGGUUUUACCAUUCACGCUUCUCAACAACUCUAUUAUUAUUCAGUUUUAUUCGUCGAUGUACUUUUGUAUACAUAUCUUGGCUGCCUUGUUCAUCAUUUUGUUCCCCACCAAAAAGAGACCAUCGAAAACUGACUCGGAUAACAAUUCCGUUACCGAUACGCACGCGAUAUUGACUGCUAACAACACUAUAAAAAUAAACGGCAAUUGCAACGGCCCGCUGAACGUCAAGAAAAUGCAGUAAAAGGUCAGCUGAUCUUAUCAUGUGACAAGGCAC